AUGCUCAACAAUCUCCUCGGCUACUUCAUGGUGUGGGGCUACGACUACACCGUCGAGCUUGUGGAGAUGGAGCAGGCCGACUACCGGGAUGCCAUCGAAAAGGGAGAGGUGGACCUCGUGCUCCACGUCGACACCGCCGACGCGGAUACGGCCACGUGGUUGAGCACUGUAGUCGAGAGCGGAACGGUGAUGGAGGGCGGCAAGCCGAUCGCGGCUAGCAAGAGCGUUAGGAUCGCCGUACAUCCCACCAUGUCGGAACGGGCGCCGGACCUGCGAGUCGAGGAACCGGAGCGGCUGAAGGGGUGCUUUUUCCCGGUCAAAGGGCACGGGCCAGUGGGUGAGCAUGUUGUGGUGGAAGGCGCGGUGUACGACGAGGACGGCCAGCUGCUCACAGGCUCGCUGCUCGACUACGCGAUGCCACGGGCAGACAACUUCCCCGAUAUCGAGGUCCUGUCCACGACGACCGCGUCGCCGCACCACCCGCUUGGGGUGAAGGGCAUCGGCGAGGCGGGGACCAUCGCCUCGACCGCGGCGGUGUACAACGCGGCCAUGGACGUGCUGAGGCCUAUGGGCGUCAACACCAUAGACAUGCCGCUGACGCCGGCAAAGGUCUGGCAGGCGAUCAACCAAGCAAGCACAGAACGGAGGCCUGAUCCGCUGAUGAAGCUCCGGCUGGCCUCUCCGGCGCUGCUGGUAGACAUCGGCCACCUGGGAGAGCUCAGCAGCGGAGUGACCUGCAGCGACGGGACGAUCACGAUUAUCGCGCUGACGACCCACGCCACCAUCGCCUCGUCGGACAUCCUGAGAAGCGACUGUCCGAUGCUGGCCGAGGCGGCGGGCAUGAUCGGGGACCCGCCGCUUUACAACGCAGACUCGCGGCCACGAGUGGGGGCAACCGUCGCCCACUCCGACCCUGGCCUCCGACCUGCCGACGCGUAUGGCUCGCGGCGCUUGGCCGCGAGCAUCCCAUCGUAG